AUGGAAAUACAAGAAGAGAUUGAUCACGCACGUUCGUUAGCUCCAAGCUACGUUCUUCUCGCAAGCAAUCCUUUGCGACGGCUAAUCUCACGGGCUACGAAUGAGGCAUAUAUUGGCAAACGCCCUGUGGACAGCUUCCUUCAGCUCAUGGGCGCCAUUAUUAAAGACGAGACCGGCGAAUUCAAAGCACACAACAUUAACGUUCGCAUGCUGUUUAUUAAUUCUCACAAAUCCAAGGACGCCAAUCUCGAAGGUUUGCUUGAAAUGAAGUCGGAAGGCGAGGCAGCAGAAAAGGUGGCUAAAAAGAAAGCCAACCUUAUUGCAAUGGUCAAGGGUGCCGUGGAUCACUCGAUUUUCACCAUUGCCGACUGUAAAAUAAACUUUUCAAGUCAACUUUUGGAAGACACCGGCUUGAUUCCAAGUAAAAGCAUGUUUGAUCGCCGUCUUGUACGAUUAAACACGUCAAUGCUCUACAAACAAAACAAAUUUAAUUUGUUUCGAGAAGACAAUGUCGGCUACACGGCGCUGGUCAACGACCUCAUUGUUGGCAGCAUCGACCUCCCGUAUGACGAAUACGGCCAAGCACCGCCUACACCACUUGAUCGUAUACCCAGUUUUCUAAAAACUGUUUCAUCCCAUAUCGGCAUCUUCCACCUCGAUCCGAAUCGUGUGCUGGAUGUCUUAUUGGACUUCUUUAUCAAGGAACUUCUCCGUAACUUUAUAUUCUGGAUCGCGCUUUUCAAAGAGUCAAAAUGGGUCGACGAAUCGAACAGCAACCGCGGUAGUCCCAUCAUGGCGCAUCUCUUAGGUUACAAGUUUGAGUACUAUCAGAAGUACGAAAUGACAAACUCUCCUCCGGAGCUCUACUAUGGAUGCGCCCUAUUGAUUAAGUGUGGCCUUGUCCAGCUCCAUGAUUUGCUGCCAUAUCUGCAUCCCUUCGUUGAUGAUAUGGAGGCCGCUAAAAAGAAAUAUAUGGACCACAUGAACAAGGAGAUCACCACGAACACGGGAGGUUUGCUUGCUCAAUUUGGCGCCCUUGGCGAGGAUGGUACAACUGAACGAACCGCGCGACCUAAGGCCAAAGAAGAAGAUAUUAACGGCGGUGAUAGCAAAACAAAAUACUCUAACAACGACGUUGUGGAGCUUACGAAGGCGCUGCUCGCAAUCGGCGACAUUCACCACGCAAUGUUGAUCUUUGAGAAAUACGAUAAGCUCAUCGAUAUGCACCCUGAAAUUGCCUAUUACGUCUACCGCUUAUGCGAUGUGAUCCUGCAGCCUGCUUUUGAGAACUACGUCCCCGAAGAAGUCCGAGAUCGCUAUACCCUUCUCGAGCAACGUGCCGAGGACUCAAGGCUUGUGAGCGAAUUUGGUGGCCGCGACAAAAUACCAAAAAUGGAACGCGUCUUGGUGACGGACUAUAUGAAGGAUGGCACCCAUGAUACUUGCAAGAAGCAGCGCUUCUGCUUUUUUUAUCAAAAUUGGAAACAAGAUCUACCGCGCUGCGAAUCGAUCGAAGAUAUUUUGAACGUGUUCGCGCCUGUCAUGCGCCUGGCCGGUUACAAGAUGUACCUUGCUCCCAGGCUCAUGCAAAAGCUUCAAGUCGUCAUUCGAAGCUUAUUGGACCGCCAAGCAGAGUUACCAGACAGUAACAAAUACUGCCUUGCUGUGAUCCGCGAGUUUCUGUUGCCAGCCGCUUCAUUCAGUGGAAGUAACCCAGGUAUCAAGGCAAUGGUCUGGGAACUCUUGGUGUUGCUGUCGUAUCAAGAAAGAUGCCAACUGUACGGUGAAUGGGGCAACGAAUUUUACAAACGAUCGAUCGAAUGCAAGUUACUGAAGGCACGCACAGAACGGGCUGUGAAAAGUGUUAUGCAGCGUGUGUCCAAGAACGAUGUUCGGCAGUGUGGUCGCGAUCUAGGCAAACUCACCAACUCCAAUCCGAUGAUCGUUUUCAAUGUCAUGCUUGACCAAAUCCAGUCCUUUGACAAUAUGGCCCCUUACAUGGCUGAUGCUUGCCGAUACAUGGGUGAUCUUGCUUACGAUGUCUUGGGCUAUUUGAUGACGGAGAAAUGGACGGGCUCUCAAGGAGCAGGCCGCAUGAAGAAGUCCAAGAUGAAGGAAGAUGGCAUGACAACUACGUGGCUGCGCGCACUCUCCGUUUUCACCGGUAUGCUGUACAAGAAACAAGGCAUCGACCCAACUCCUUUGCUUCGUUACAUGAAAUUCCGUUUGCGCCAGGAAGACGCCAUGGAAGAUCUCGUACUCUUUAACGAGUUUGUAACCAAGGUGUGUGGUAUCGAAAUCAUCGGCAGUACAAUGACGGACGACCAGAUCAAUGCGGCAUCCUGUAGUGAAGUUGUCAAAGCGGAAGCAUUUCAAGCAGUAUCUCCUGACAAUCGACGCGCUGGCAAACGUGUUCUCCAGCGCCUUAAUCGAACGCUUCAACAAAACAACAUGGCAUUGGAAUUCAUCGUCUUGCUCCACCGGUUAAAGGAGUCUUGCUUGCAACAGACAGAGCUUUCGACAAUCGCUUUAGGGGCCAAGACCGACCUUAUCCAUCAAACAAUCAACCAGUUUUUCGAACUUUUUGCGACCGUUUUCGAUGCUGAUGAGUACUCGAAUUUGAUGCCUGAUGCAAACACACUUGCAGCUGCUUAUAACUUGCCUGAAUACCUGAUCAUGCAACUGGUCCGACCAAAGACAAGACACCUACUUCAAACUACUGAUUUCGACGACAAUUCCGACGAGCCCCAUCCCGCUUUCCGAUCAUUGAUUGAGCAGAUACCGCAGAUUGUCUCUGGCAGCAACAUUCUCAACACGAUCACCGCAGAAUUCUACGCAGUGUUUUGGCAACUGAACUUGUAUGACAUUGUUGUACCAGAAGCGAACUACGAGGUCUUAAUUAGAAAACAACGAGAUAUAAUCGCUGCUUGCCGUGAUCCUCGCUCCUCACUGUGCAUGAGCAAUCGAGAUGCCGUGGUCAAUAAAAUCGAAAAGCAAGCACAAAAUACUUUGGCUAACCUGCUGGAAGAUUUACCGCGACACAAGGCCCACGUCGAAAAGGUGAUGCGUAUGCUUCAAGCGUCACAAGCACGCUGGUUCCCAACGACCGUUGAUCGCCUGCCCUUGAUAUCUAGUAUCAUCCAGCACUGUCUGUUGCCCCGAAGUAUUGCCUCAGAAGUCGACGCCGUUUUCUGUGCCGAGUUCGUUUUGCUCAUGCACCGUUUGGGCGUCCGCAAUUUCUCCAGCUUGACGAUGCUCGACAAGGUGUUAUCUGAAAACCUACCCACAGCUCUCAUGUCAUUCACCGAAUACGAAACGACUAUCCAUGCUCGAUUCAUCUACCGUAUAUUUGCCAAAAUGUCAGAGUGGCAUCAAGAUGAACAGGUAUAUCUUGCAGGAGCGCAUGGGGACAGUCUUAUUGGCUUCCAAAAGAAGUGGAACGUACAAUCAACAGCUCAGGGCGAAGUGGCUAGCGAGGAUUUGCUAAGUUUCCUUGAAUUCAAGCGUGUUACACACAAGUGGCAUUUGAAAACCAGUCUUGCCAUAGAACAAGCCCUUCUUUCCGGUGAACCGCACCAGAUCCGAAACGCUUUCCUGAUCCUGAAGCAAUUUAUUCCACACUUCCCGAUCAUACGUGAGCACGGCCAAGUGAUUGUCAAGGCGACUGACGAGCUUGCAAAUCGAGACAGAAUGGAUCAUCUGAAGGUCCUCGCUAGAAGUUAUCUGGGCUUAGUGGAGAAGAGCAAAUCUUGUUGGAAGACAAAGAACAAGUUCCUUGGUAUCGAAGAACCUGAACCUGAACCUACACAACGUAGCGUACGUACCGAACGAACAGAACGAACAGAACGAACAGAACGAACAGAACGAGGCGAACGAGGCGAACGAGGCGAACGCACAGAGCGCACGGAGCGUAACGACCGUAACGACCGAGGCCUAAAUAGUGGUGCUAACACUCCUGCCAAGUCAGCAAGCCCACGGCGCGAUGAUAAGCACGAGUUGUCAUCAACACCUAACGAACGCAAGCGUUCCCGCGAAGAACUAGCAUCACCUUCACACCAUAGCAAUAACAACAACGCCUCCUCCAAGCGUGUUCGACACGAAGACGAGGAACGUCCUAAGCGCGAUUCCAGUGAUAGCCGUCAUCGCAGUAGGUCCAAAGAAAAAGCGUUAUUGUCAUCGGCCACUCGCGAAUCAAAUCAACGGGAAGCAGGAAGAGAGUCUGCAGAACGAGGAGGAGGUCUACCAUCGUCUACGAGGGAAUAUGCACGAGACAUACCAAGAGAUACAGGAGGACGCUCUUCAGCUCGAGAAUCACCGCGCGAGUCAGGACGUGUACGGGAUCCAGCUCGUGAAGCCAUCCGUGAGGCUGCUCGAGACACUUCUUCACGCUUAACAACAACAGCAGCAACAGCAACAACAGCAACAACGAAAGAGUCACCAUCAACCCGAGAAGUACGGACAUCAGCAACUGGAGGAACCAGCAAUGGUAGCCAAACACGAAAGCGUGAACGCACUGAUGAAGAUCGCGAACGAGACCGUACUGAUAAGCGUCAUAGGGAGGACAGAGGCUCACGAGAAGGCAGACGAGACGAGCGACACAAUCGUGAACGUGAUCGAGGAGAACGUGCAGAAAGAACAGAAAGAGCUGAACGAAGCGAACGAGACAGAGGCGAACGAGAUCACCGUGAGCGUGAAAGGGAUCGUGAUCGAAACAGAGAGAGACGACAUCACCGUCGACGAUAA